AUGGUUCACUUCCUUUUUCUCGCGAGCCUUGGCUUGGGCAGUUAUGUUCUGGCUGCUCCUAAUUAUGUCGUUCCUGAUGCCCCACCAAAGAAUGCUGUUGCAAUUGAUCCCGCGCCCGUGGGAGCCUCAUUUGAGUUUUUCAUGUGGCCUUCUUACAUGACCAACAUAUCGUUGACCCUUCCUUGCAUUGAUCACUUUAAUAAGCUGUACAAUCGCAAAAUGCCUAUUCGUAUUGGAGGAACAACACAGGACAGAGCGACCUACGAUCCCGCUUUUGAAGGUUACGUUUCAUACAAAGUCAAUGACCCUCUGGAGGCUCCCAUGAGUCUGACCUAUGGACCAAAGUUCUUUGACUUGAUCAAAAAGUUUGGGAGCGAGACCGUCCUCGGCUUCAACCGGGCCCUCAAUAAUAGGACAAAUACCUUUGCUGCCAUCUUGAAAGCCAAGGAAAAGGUGGCCAAAUACCUCUGGGCAAUCGAACUCGGAAACGAGCCUGACUUGUACUGGAAGUACUGGCAGUACCCAGUAGCCGAAGCUCCCUGGAAUGAGACCCAGGAGGGUGAUAAUGCAGCUGACUGGGCACAAGACUUCAUCAAUCAUUGGAAGAGCCCUCUCCCCAUCUUAGCUGGCGGCGGAUAUGCCAUCCCAUUUGAGAUCGAACCCGAUUGGCCUAACCUGCCAUAUCUCAUUGAGAAUAGCUACAACAAAACAGUCAAGGAUGCUACCAAGGUGUACAAUGGCCACUUGUACGCAUUUUCUAAUGCUACCGCCGAUGACUUGGGCCCGGAGAUGAAGCAUCAGAGAGUUGUCGAUGACCUGAACCUGCUGCCAAUUUCGAGCGCCAAGGCUGCCGGAAGACCAUAUAUCCUGGGCGAGACGGGAUUCCAUGGGCUCGACUAUGAAAUGGACUCCACUUUCGGAUCGGCCAUCCAAACAACUGACAAGACCCUUCGUGCAUUGUCUCUUGGUAUUCAACGGCUGUUCUAUCACCAAGGCACAAUCGACCAAGCCUUCUUCAACUGGUGGUGGAGUGAUCGGGUCAACGCCCCUUUCUACGGUGCCUACUUUGGGGCGCUUGCUGCGGCCGGAGGAGACUCCAUCGUUGCCAGCGACGAUGGCACUGACCCCUAUGCUCAAUACAUCGUUUACAGACGUGGCAAAGCAUUCAAGGCCGUCCUGAUUAACACGGAUUACUACUCUGGUAGUGGCAAGCGCUCUGAAACCAAGUUCACUCUCACUGGACUGAAGAGCAAUUCGGUCAAGGCUCUCCGCAUGACCGGCCCGAGUAGCGAAACAACUAUUCCUAUCACGCAAACAAAGUCAUCUCCGCAGCCUAGCAUCGGAGGCCAAUCCUUUUCAAACAAGAAUUGCGAAUUGGGCGGAAAGCAGAACACUGAAAAGCUUUCAGUCAAGAAAGGAAAGCUCGAGGUAACCCUCAAGGCUUCCGAAGCCCUGAUUGUGUAUCUGUAA